CGAAGUGUAACAAACAUAAGAAAAGUGAGAGGAAACCACCCACCAGCUCCUUUCUCUUCGCAGCCUUCUCCCAUGGCGACCCCCACCUCCCUCCUCCCUCUCCUCCCCGCCCCCGCCUCCCGUCACCACCUCCACCCCUCCCCGUCCGCCUCUCCCUGCCAUCUGCACCCCUCGCCCCCUAUUCGCCUCCUCCGCGCCGCCCCCCGCCGCCGCCACCCCGACGCCGUUGUUGUCGUCCCGGACGCCCGCCUCUGGGUCGGCGACCUCUCGAGCGCCGCUUCCUACCGGGACGGCAGAGAGGAAGACAACGAAGAUGCAGAGGAGGAGGAAGAUGACGAUGACCGCAGCCUGGACCUCCUGGUUCGGUUCCUGCACUCCGUGUUCAGGAAUGCCUCCCGCCGCUCGUGCCGAGCCGUCAGGUCCGUGCUGCCGUCUUCCGUCCCAGCUGAGCUGGUGAAGUUCUCGGUCAAUGGCGUGCUGGUUCUGACGUUCCUGUGGAUACUCAAGGGUCUUCUUGAGGUUGUUUGCACAUUUGGAAGCAUGGUGUUUGCAAGCAUCCUUCUUGUUCGAGGAAUAUGGUCUGGAGUCACAUACAUAAGAGAAAACCGGUACAGCUACAUCCACCGGAUCGAUAAUGAUGACAACCGAUGGAGCAGAGUACAGACUGCCGGUUGAUCAUUUGCUUCCCUUCUCUAUGAACACACACACCUUGCAUUGAAGGCUCGUGAAUAAAUGGAAGCCCACAAAUGAGAUAACAAUAUAACGUGCUCCCAGUUGAGUGCCAGCUGCCGAUGAUUGUUAUUGCUACACCCCACGGCUGAGCUAGAACGAAAGAAAUCCACAUGUACCUGUACAAAAUAAGUGGUUUCUUUCGGCCUGGGCGCAUUCAGGAUCGAUGGUGUUGAUCAGAAUUCAUGUGCGCAGAAAACAACCAAAUUUUACUGAACGUUCGCGGUGUAGGAGAACUCAUGCUUGCUGUAUGCCAAAAUACUGUUAUGGGUUAGAGUGCAGGGCACUUCGAUGUGAUUUGGACUCACAGAGAAACAUGACAUAAUGUCUGAUAUUUCAGUUGGUUCUUAGAUGCAAUGAACUCGACAGAGGAAGUCCCACUUCUGGGUUGUCUUG